UAAAUGAUUUAAAAAUGACACAUUCACAAUAAUUCAAUCGAAAGCCUGAUGUUUUGCUCAAAAAUUCAAUUUUCAAUUCACAAAUCAUGAUUAAAAAUCCCGCUAAAUCAAUCGCCUGUACUAUUCGAAUUAAUGAUGAAUCCUAUUCGAAUCAACAUAAAUCCAUUCCUUUAUAUUUUAAGGAAGAUGGUCAACGAUUUCUGAUGCAACAAACAUUAAAGAUGCUCACCUCUUCACCAUAUAAUUUUGAAAUACAUUUAGAACGAAUUCAUUCACAAAUUCAACUCGUUAAAGUUGAUCUAGGUAUUGAACCAGAUGUUUAUUCAUCUACAUUUGUUGAUUUUAAUCUACAUCGUCGUGGAAAUCAUUCACGUUCAAUUACAUUUAUAUGGGAUUCUUCGGGAAAAAUACGACCAGAAAACGUGCGCAACAAACAAAGAGAUUUCUUAACCAUAUCGAUAAUUUUUUCCGACAUGUCAAUCAUCGAGAUACGAUUACAGAUUCGUUUCUAUAUUAAACCUGGUAAACAUUAUCGUUGGGGUGAAGAACUUGAUCAUUGUAAAGGUGAAAUAAUCUAUAACAUUGAUAAUGAUCGACCAUGCGACAUGAUUAUAAUGCCAACAUUGUAUGCAAAACCAAAAUAUUUUCAUUUAUUACAGCAACAACAACAACAAUAACAACAACAUUCAACAUUGUCAUCAAGUUCAAAUUUAAUGUAAUUUUUUCCACAUUUUUUUCACAUUCACAAUGAAUUUAAUAUUAAUAAACAAAAAGAGUUUGUGACUACUACCACCAA